AUGCAGGCGCGCGAGGGAGCCGCGGCGGGGCGCCGGGCCUUCGGCAGCAUCUGCCCCAACCGGAUGCAGGAGCUGCGCGGCCGGGCCCUCGCCAAGCCCGGGCGGCCGGAGAGGAAGCUCGUCCCUCCGCGGCAGUUCUUCCCCGGCGGCGGCGGCGGCUGCCCGGUGCCGGUGUACGAGGACCCCCCGGGCGCCGAGCCCGCGGCGCUGCCCGCCUUCACCACCAUCGACCUGCAGGACCUCGCCGACUGCUCGUUCCUGGGGCCCGACGCGCCGCCUGCCGGGGACUCGGCCGCCUCGCAGAGCCAUGGCCCGCAGGCGGCGGACUGGGACCUGCGGGACUUCAGGGCGACGGUGGACGAGCUCAUCGCAGGCUCGGCCCCCUGGAUGUCGCCUCCCCCAGCCAGCGGAGACCUCCCCUGCUCUCCGGGCGACUCUCUGCCCUUCGGGCCCUGCCUCUCGCCCCCGCCGGACCCGCGGGCCCUGCCGCCACCCCCGCCUCGCCCUGGGGACGCGCCCCCGGCGGCGGAGCAGUACUGGCGGGAGCUGGCCGACCAGAACCAGCGGGCGCUGGGGGACGCGCUGGUGGAGAACAACCAACUGCACGCGACGCUGACCCAGAAGCAGGAGGAGAUCGCGUCGCUCCGGGAGCGCAACGUGCGGCUGAAGGAACUUGCCCGUCGGACCCGGCACCUGGCGUCGGUGCUGGACAAGCUGAUGAUCACGCAGGCCCCGGAGGGCGGGGAGCCCUGCCUGCCCAAGGCCGCAGCCAAGAGGAGCCUGGAGGAGCUGCUGGGCGCCGCGGGGCCGGACUGCGCGCACGUGGACGCCCUCCUGCGGGACCUUUCCGAGCGCUGCGAGGAAGCUCUGCGCAGCCGCGACCCCAAGCGCCUCCGCCUGCAGCCGGAGCCCGGGGGCCUGGCCUGCCGGCCCGGGCUCCUGCACGGUGCCUUCCGGGGGCUGCGCACCGACUGCAGCCCGAAUGCGCCCGACUUGAGCCGGGGGGAGCUGGAGGAGGGCGGCUCCUUCUGCACCCCCAUCCGCAGCCACGGCACCAUCCGCACCCUGUCUUUCCCCCAGGGCAACGCCUUCACCAUCCGGACGGCCAGCGGGGGCUACAAAUUCCGCUGGGUCCCCAGCUGAGCCUCCAGCUGAGCCUCGUUCCGCAGGAGCGGGUCCCCGACGGGGGCGCUGCAGAAUUCUGGUGCAGAUGCUCUAGUCCCGCCCCUUCCACAGCGAGUCGCGUGCGUGGAUGUGCGACCAUGAACACGCGCGCAGCAGCCGAGCAGCUUCAGCCGGUGCCACUGUGCGGUUUAGAGCCGGAGGGGCCUCGCCACGUGGCUGUUUUCUAAUGAGAAGGUGCCCUGGCUUCGUGAGGAAGAGGAGGCUCCGAGGGGAAGUCAUUUCAUCAGGAAACACGGGACGGAGCGCCGGCCAGGCCGGUCCCGCGGACGCAGCCCCCGGCCUGGGGCUCU